CGGCAAUUCGCCUUCUUGAAUAGAAAAUGUGGCGCCUCGUAGUAGCGGCGACGUUGGCGUGCGUGGCCGCGGUCGACAUUGGCGACAACACGCAGCCGCCCAAGUCGGGCGUCGGCAUCUGGAUCGACGUCGACACCCCCGCCGACAAGUUGACGAUGAAGAGCUCGCGCGGCGAUACGUGGAACCUCGUCAUGAGCGACGAGUUUGAGAUUGCGGGGCGCAACUUUACGGCCGGUGAAGACCAUCUUUGGAUGUCGCUCGACAUUCCGGAUGGCGUCAACCGCGCGAUUCAGGUGUACACGCCCAACAACUCGUACACAGAGGACGGCAAGUUUGUCAUUCGCAUCGACUCGGGCCAAGUCGACAUCCAGUUUUACAACGUUUGGGCUGACGUGCCGGGCUGGACGACCAAGAAGAUGUGGUACUCGGCGUCCAUGAUGCAGACGUGGAACAAGUUUUGUAUUCAAGGCGGCUUUAUCGAGAUCGCCGCGCGGCUCCCGGGCGCGGUGAAUAAUAAGUCGAUGAACCCGCACAUCACGGGCAAGCGCUGGGACGGCACCAAGGACAUACCAGUCAAGCCCUCGGACAAGAUCCCCGACAUUCGCUACUACCCGACGUGGCCGGGUCUGUGGAUGAUGGGCAACCUCGGCCGCGCGCUCUUUGCGGCCUCGACCAACAAGAUGUGGCCGUGGACGUACAACGAGUGCACCGAGCUCGCACGGAAGAACCAGCGAAUCUCGGCUUGCAACCCCAACCCUGGCUACGGCCUCAACCCAUACCAAGGUCGCGGGUCCCCCGAAAUUGACAUUCUCGAAGGCGGUGGCACGGCGAUUUCGUCGUCGCUGCAGAUCGCGCCGGGCAUGCCGGACGAGUACCGGCUCACGCACCCGGACAUCAAGUACGAAAACUCCUCCAACGUCGACGCCUUCGGUCGUCAUGGUCCAGGCCAUCUCUUUUGCUUUUACGACAAGACGUGCCUGACGCCCGGAGCCAACAUGGCGGACGUGUCGACGGCCGCCUUUGCGUCCCGCGGCCACAAGUCGUGGUACCAAGGCCUCCGGUACGCGGCCAACGACCGGUGCACGCCCGACCCGAAGCUCGUCCAGCAGUACGAGUCGGUGGCGGCUGCCCAAAACAGCGAAAUCAUCGACAACCAGUGGGACAUCAAGAAGAUUAGCUCGGGCAAGGACCUCCACGCGGACCUCGGCCUCAUGGACGGGAAGGGCCCGCUGCACUGGGGCAUCAACUACAAGGGCACGUGCUUUCCGAUCGCAAACGGGUACAAGGGCGGGUUCCUCUGCGACCGCGACAGUCAAAACCCGAAAUGCGACAACCCGCGCACGAAUGCGCAGGCGCCGACCAACAUGAUGGAGCCGUUCGAGUACCAAAUGGACGCAAUUUCAUCCAACUGGGACAUCAACUACGAAGCGUACUCGACGUACUACAAGUACCAGCUCGAGUGGGUUACGGGUGACAGCGGCUAUGUCCGCUGGAUGCUUGACAAGGUGCCGAUUUUCGAGAUCCCGUCCGAGUCGAUGACCAACCCACCGCAAGGCGGGAAGGAGCCCAACCCGAAGAAGAUCAUGAUUGAGGAGCCGAGCUACUUUAUCUUCAACGUGGCCAUGUCGUCGGCCUGGGGUGCGACGCCGCCCAACUUCGUCGUCGGUCCGUGCCGAGGCAACGCGACGAUUCCCAAGCCUGGUACUUGGGAAUACGACUCGACGCAAAACGUGUGCGACUCGUUCCCGAUGUACAUGCACAUCGACUACAUUCGCGUCUGGCAAGACCAGUCGCCAACGUCCAACAUGUCGGUCGGCUGCGAUCCCGCGACGCAUCCGACCAAGGAAUUUAUCAAGGCGCACAUCACCAACUACACGGACCCGCGCAACCCCGACAUCCCGGUCGCGGGCGGUGCCACGUGCAACAGUGACGACGACUGCACCACAUCGAGCGCGAUCACAGGCAUCUGCGUCAAGCGCCGAUGCAAGUGCAGCGGCGUCUGGUCGGGGCCCCGGUGCACCAAGUACGACAUGGACAAGCGCACGUUCGGACCACCAGUGUUUGUGGCCGUCGGCGUCGUGGGCUUUGGCACCAUCAGCGCUGUGCUCUCGCUCAUGCUGCGCAUGAAGCGGACGCGCGAGAUCCAAAUGCACCACCAGGCCGAAGCCAAAGAAACCGCGCGCCGGACGACCGUUGUCGUGAUGCCGCCCGCGCCCGCCGACUCGGAAAUCAUCAUCAUGGGCGACCAGUCGCUCGAGGUUCAGCGCAGCUAACUCAACUAAUAUCCUUAUGUCAAC